AUGAGCAAAGCUUUUGAUAGAGUGGAGUGGUCUUUUUUGAGUAGCAUGAUGGUAGCUUUAGGCUUUUCUCCUAUCUUUGUUAGUUUGAUUUUCCGAUGUAUCUCCACAGUAUCAUAUUCGUUUCUGCUUAAUGGAAAUAAAUUUGGCCAUCUUCAACCUCAGCGUGGAAUAAGGCAGGGUGAUCCGCUUUUCCCGUACUUAUUUUUAAUUUGCUCGGAGGCCUUUUCUUGCUUGUUGCAGGAGGCUAUGCUUUGCGGUAAUAUUACAGGAGUUCAAGUGGGACAUAACGGACCAAAAAUCUCACAUUUAUUGUUUGCAGAUGACACGCUAUUAUUUGCGAAGGCAACCCUUCAAGAAGCCCAAUGCGUAAGCUCCAUAUUGCAAAUCUACAAAGCUGCCUCAGGUCAAGAAAUCAACUUGGAUAAAUCUACCAUCGUCUUCAGCACCAAUACUGAUCCAAGCGUGAGAGACAGCAUUACUCAUUUUCUUAACAUCCGAGAAGUUCAUGCACAUGACAAAUAUCUAGGCCUUCCCACAAUUAUUGGUCGCUCUAAAAGGGAAGUUUUUACAUCUAUUCGCGAUAGAAUCUGGCAAAAAAUAAGCGGUUGGAAGGAGCAGCGGCUUUCCAAGGCAGGAAAGGAAAUCAUGCUGAAGGCUGUGGUUCAGGCUAUUCCUACUUACUCAAUGUCAUGUUUCAAAUUUCCAGAUUCCUUAUUAUCAAAUAUCCAAUCAAUGAUGACAAAAUUUUGGUGGGGUGAUGGUGAUAAAGGACGACCUAUUCAUUGGCUAAGUUGGGACAAACUCUGUAAACAAAAGGAGGAUGGGGGAAUGGGAUUCAGACAACUUCGGGCCUUCAAUUUAGCUUUGCUUACUAAGCAAGCUUGGAGGAUUGCCACACAACCUUCCUCCCUUUUACAUCAAGUUUUCAAGGCCAAAUAUUUUCCUAACUCGGAAUUCUUUUUGGCAGGACUAGGGUCUCGUCCCUCAUUUACUUGGAGAGGAAUAUAUGAAGCACGUAAAUAUUUGGAAACAGGAAGUAGAUGGAGGGUCGGUAAUGGGAGAGUGGCUAUUCAAUCAUGGGCGUUGAGUUUUUUAUCUAGUAAAAUCAGGUUGAAUUCAGCUCAUAAUGUGGUAUCUUGGUUGUCAAAUCUCCUGAUAAAGUUAAAGAAGGAAGAAAUGGAAUUGGUUGCUGUUAUACUCUGGAACUUGUGGAAUAAUCGCAAUGGGGCUGUAUUUGAUGGAUCUUACAAGGACCCGCUCAGUCUGGUAUCCUUUUCGUUACACUUUUUGAGUCAAUUCCGGGAGGCAAACAGGAACCCAAUGGCUGCUGAGCAUACCACUGCCAUUCAACAAUCUGUUUUGUCACAAUGGAAGAGACCUCCUGCGGGCUAUGUUAAAGCUAACUUUGACGGGGCUAUCUUUGUUGAGGGUGACAUUUCAGGUAUUGGAGUUGUCAUUAGAGAUGCCGAGGGUAAUUUCAUGGCAGGAUUGGCAAAGCAAAUUCCAGGAAUUUUUGCACCAGAGGUUAUUGAAUCUUAUGCUGCAAGGGCCGCGGUUGAGUUGUUGUUGGAUCUACAUUUGCCCAUGAUUAUUCUUGAGGGUGAUUGUCUAAAAGUCGUUAAAAUGCUUCAAACUACAGAGACAGAUGCAUCAGCUUGUGGAAUGCUGGUAGAUGAUAUUCUCAGAGAUAUACAAAGCUUUGCAACAUGGGAAGCAUCAUGGGUGCCUAGACAGCUGAACAAUGUCGCACAUCGUGUUGCUAAAUAUGCUUGUUCUAUUUCUAAUGGCUGUAUAUGGAGGGACUUCCCUCCAGAUUUUAUUGUUACCGCGCUUGCUGCGGACAUCAUCUCAGAUUAA